AUGGGACGCAAGCCAAACGCGCUGAUCCUCGAGUUUUUCGAGAGAGGCGCCAAGUUGGCCGACCAGAGCAACAGAUAUGAACACAGCUGCAAAAGAUGCGGCCAGGUGGUGAGGAUGCUUUCUUGUUUACCGCUAUAUGCCUUUGUUGACCAAGAAGNNCAGUUUCCAAAGGGCAGACCCGACAGUCUGACACGCCACUUGUUCGAGAAAUGUCCCAACAUCACCGACGAGGACCGUUCCCGCGCUUUGUGGCAGCCCGCCGACAAUUACAUGACCUCGAACAACUCGACUCCCCACUCUGAUGCAGACCUUCCCCUAAUACCACGUCGCGAACCUUCGGGUCUGGACGCCCUUGCCGAAGUCUCUCGCCAGCUCCAGGCCAAUGGUCAACAUGAAGAGGCCCUGGUAGCCCAACUGCGACAGCACAUGGACCAAGAGAACAAGGACAAUGGUCCCUUGAUGCACACGGCCAAUGCAGCUACCGACAUGGUCCAUCACAUGCCCACCAAGUCUAGAAAGCGUAGAGCCGAGUCAGAUGUUGCAGCACAGCGCCAACCUCCACAUCCACCAUCCUCCCAGGCACCUCCCCAAGAAGCACAAGAGGGUGUCUCUCCAAGCCACGGUGAAUCACCAGCAUUUACCGUCAACCAAGGCGGUUUUGGUUUGCUGCAACGCGCCAACAAGAACAAAGUGCGUGGCAGAUUUACCGAGGAGAGACGCAAAGAGGUUCAGACUGUGCGCAAGAAGGGUGCAUGCCUCCGCUGCCGUAUGUUGAAGAAGCCCUGUUCUGAAGGCACUCCAUGUGGCACCUGCCAGAACAUCGAGAGCGCAAGAUUGUGGAAGAACGCCUGUAUUCGUUCUCGCAUCGCCGAAGAGUUCACGCUUUACUCGUCCUCUCUCUUCCAAGCAAAGGAACACCACACCGUCUUCACUGCGCUGCAGGGUGUCGAUCCUAUGCAAUUACCUGGGAGAAUCGAGGUUACCCUGUUCCCUGAUACAAACAUCUAUGCUACCUUCCCUGCUCUUAUGACGCCUCCUACAGCUCCCUCGCUCAUCUUUAUGCUCAACUACAGACGUGAUCCCGACACGCUGGCAGCUACCCUGGAGCGCUAUCUGCAUAUGGUCAUCAUGCAAUGCAUCUCACACGAGCCAUCGACCUUUAUGCGCUCCACUCUCGAGGUCGCUACUGAGCUGAGCGUUGAUCACAAUGAUGUUCUUCUGGGAAAGCUCAUCAAUCUCUGGGCUGCCACAAACAUCCUCAUCUCCAACGAGCCUAUCUGGUCCAUCUUCUACGAACCGAAUCAUCCGCCAGUCAUGGAAGCCGUCCAAGGCGACCAUGCCGAGCAGGCAUCUUCUGCUUCUCAAGACAAGAGCCACUCAGAUCGUAAGGGCUUCUCGCAGGACACAACCGACUAUGCAGUCAUCUACGCGCAGCUGCAGCAUGCUGCCGAGAGGUACUGUCAGAAGCAAGCCAAGUUUGUCAUGAACGAGCUUGAACGCCGCCUUCUGCAACGUCAACAGUCUUCGUCCUUCCUCACGUUUCUUGCCGCCGUCAUCCUGCUCAAUUGCGUCGAGCGCAUGACUGGACUAUACAGAUCAUUCGAUCCCGCCGGACCCUCAUCAAACGAUGAUAUACAUGCUCAGCUCACCACAGCUAACGACAACAAUGUCGAAGCUUCUCAGCAGCCAGUUGCUUCGCCAGGUGAGAACCCAGAUCGUCCAGUCGACUGGCUUCUGGAAGAAGCACCCGGCCACUACUGGCCGCAAGGCAAUUCGUUUAGUAACCUCGUGCACCUACUCCUUCGCAUGCGCGGUCUUCCUCCUGCGACUCUGGUCCGUCACACUGGUAGUCUGGUCGUUAUUCCAAGUACCCACAACAAGGCUUAUAGCUCCGAGACCCAGGGUCCUGCUGCUGAAUCACAGUUGCAGCUUGCAGCAGCCUGGAUCGAGCGUACCAACGUCUCAGCCUACGACCUGCUCAGGGCCAAGGACAGACCUCUAUCUGAACUCGGGUCCGAUCCCAGAGACUGGGAUCUGAGGUUCAUUGCCNCUCUGCUAUUGCCACAGAGUGCUUGA